AUGUACGCAGACAGAUUUUUCAGACGAUCUUUGAGGGACAUUGAUGCCAUGUUCGAAAGGAUGUUCGAUAUGCCAGCCUUGUUCAGAUUUCCCAUGACCAGGGAUCUCGGAAGAUCCUCACCAUCUGUGGAUGUCAGAGAAACCGAUUCGCAAUAUAUCAUUGAGGCAGAGCUACCUGGGGUCCGCAAGGAAGACAUACGUGUCCAAUGCUUUGAAGGUCGCACCAUUUCACUUGAUGGCUUCUACUCUCGAAAAUACUCUGCACCGUCCUCUAACGAGCUGAGUGGUAAGCCCGAAGAGGACACUUCUGAAAGCAUGUCCGUAGAAAAGCGCUCGUCUUCAACAGAUGUUGCAAAGGAACAGCCGCAUAAUGUUCUCCAAGCUGAAAGGGCCGAAGGAAAAUUCUUCAGAUCAUUCACUCUUCCUGAGGAAAUCGACUGUUCCAAGAUUGACGUCACUUUUGAGAAUGGACUUUUAUCCAUCAUCGCGCCAAAGUCCGAGGGAAAACGCGGAAUCCCAGUCACCAUCAACGUCAAGUAG